AUGGCGAUCGCGCUCAGAUUCGCCGCCACCCCGCCCCGCCUCGCCGCGCCGAUACCUCCGACGAGUGCCCCUCGCGCACAUGGAGGAGUUGCGCGCGUCGGCGCCCAGGGCGGGACUCGCCGUGGCAGGAGACUGGCAAUGGCGGCCGCGGAUUCCGCUCGCUGUCAGGCCAAGAGAGAGGGCGACGGCGACGGCGUCCUCGCGGGAGUCGCCGUCCACGGAGGAACCAGAGUGGAAGGGGAAGAUCAGCUGAGCGUGGUGAUGAAGUUCGGUGGUUCGUCCGUGUCGUCGGCGGCGAGGAUGAAGGAGGUGGCGGGGCUCAUCCAAGCUUUCCCCGAGGAGCGCCCCGUCGUCGUCCUCUCCGCCAUGGGGAAGACCACCAAUCUACUCCUCCUCGCUGGAGAGAAGGCAGUGGGAUGUGGAGUGACCCGCGUUUCCGAAAUAGAAGAGUGGAACAUGCUCAGAGAUCUCCAUAUCAAGACAGUUGAUGAACUUGGACUGCCAAGAUCUGUUCUACAUGCUAAGCUAGAUGAACUGGAACAGCUCUUGAAAGGUGUUGCCAUGAUGAAAGAGCUGACACUUCGCAGCACUGAUUACCUUGUGUCAUUUGGAGAAUGCAUGUCCACACGGGUUUUUGCGGCUUAUUUAAACCAGAUUGGCGUCAAAGCACGUCAGUGUGACGCGUUUGAUAUUGGUUUCAUAACGACAGACGAUUUCGGUAAUGCUGAGAUAUUGGAAGCAACUUAUCCUGCUGUUGCAAAGAGAUUACAUGGGGACUGGAUUCGGGAUCCAGUGAUACCUAUUGUUACUGGGUUCCUUGGGAAGGGCUGGAAAUCAGGUGCCGUUACUACUUUAGGCAGAGGUGGCAGUGACUUGACUGCUACAACCAUUGGUAAAGCCUUGGGAUUGAGAGAAAUUCAGGUGUGGAAGGAUGUUGAUGGUGUACUUACUUGUGAUCCAAAUAUCUACCCAAAUGCAAGGACAGUCCCGUACUUAACAUUUGAUGAGGCUGCUGAACUUGCUUAUUUUGGUGCCCAGGUUUUACAUCCACAAUCGAUGCGACCUGCUAGAGAAGGUGAUAUACCAGUUAGGGUUAAGAAUUCAUACAAUCCUAAAGCUCCAGGCACCCUUAUUGCCAAAGGAAGAGAUAUGGAUAAGGUCGUGCUUACAAGUAUAGUUCUGAAGUCAAAUGUCACUAUGCUGGAUAUAGUGAGCACUCGGAUGCUUGGUCAAUUUGGUUUCCUGGCAAAGGUGUUUUCUAUAUUCGAAGACCUAGGCAUAUCUGUAGACUGUGUGGCGACUAGUGAGGUCAGCAUUUCUGUGUCGCUCGACCCAUCGAAGAUCUGGAGCAGGGAACUUAUUCAACAGGAACUUGACCAUGUGGUGGAAGAGCUGGAGAAAAUCGCAUUCGUCCAUCUUCUGCAGCAAAGAGCGAUAGUCUCGCUCAUCGGGAAUGUGCGAAAAUCCUCUCUCAUACUAGAGAAGGCCUUCCAUGUGCUGAGGAGAAUUGGGGUCAAUGUCCAGAUGAUCUCGCAAGGCGCAUCAAAGGUGAACAUGUCCCUGAUCGUGCACGACAGCGAGGCUAAGCUGUGCGUGGAAGCCCUCCACCAGGCCUUCUUCGAGGGAGAGGGCGAUGGCGAUGGCGAUGGCGAUGAUCGCCUGAUGGCAGAAUUCGACGAGGAGAACCUGCGGCUUGAGCUGUGA